UGCCGGAGCUCGGCCGGGGCCGCGCUCGUCCUGGCCACCUCCAGCGACGCCGAGCACCCCGCCGAGAGCGUGGCGGACGGGAAUUCUGAAACAUUUUGGACGACAACAGGCAUGUUCCCACAGGAAUUCAUUAUUGGUUUUCCCAAAUGUGUGAAAAUCAGCAAAGUCGCGAUCCAGUGUUAUUUAGUGCGGACCUUAAGGAUUGAAAGAAGUGUAUCUAAAGACCCUGUGGGUUUUGAACAGUGCAUUGAAAAAGAUUUGCAACACACAGAAGGACAGCUCCAAAUGGAAGAAUUUCCACUUCCUGAAUUCCAGGCCACUUACUUGCGUUUCAUCAUCAAAUCUGCCUUUGAUCAUUUUGUGUCAGUGCACCGGGUGAUGGCAGAGGGCACAGCAGAAAAUGCUUAAGUCCAGCUUAAAUUUGGACCUCCAUUUUUUUUGUACUGAAGUGACGUCUUGAUAGCUGUAUUGCAGAGAAUGUUUAUUAUUAGAACCUUGUAUUAAAGUGUUUUUUUGAAGGUA